GUCAGCGAUGCCCGGGCAGGGCCCCUCAGCGCCGACGGCGGCGGCGGCGGCGGCGGCGGCUCGCGGCGACCAACCGGCCGCCGCACAGAACAAGCCAGCCAAGUGCAAGGCGUGCUGCGCCUGUCCGGAGACCAAGCGCGCCCGGGACGAGUGUAUCGUGCUGAACGGCGAGGAACACUGCCGGCCACUGAUCGAGGCGCACAAACAGUGCAUGCGCGACAUGGGCUUCAACAUCUAGACGGGAGGCGGCGGCGGUGUCGUACCACCCGGGCGGCGGUGUCGCGCCACCCGGGCGGCGGUGUCGCGCCACCCGGGCGGCGGUGUCGCGCCACCCGGGCGGCGGUGUCGUGCCACCCGGGCGGCGGUGUCGCGCCACCCGGGCGGCGGUGUCGCGCCACCCGGGCGGCGGUGUCGCGCCACCCGGGCGGCGGUGUCGCGCCACCCGGGCGGCGGUGUCGCGCCACCCGGACGGCGUGGAUCGGUGGUCGGGGUACAGGGAGCGCAAUGGACGAGUUUUGCCUGUGCGAUAAAGACACAAAUAGUACAUAGGUAUGUAUUGAUUGUUGUGCUGUUCAUAUGGUUAACACGAUAAAAAACGACCCCAAGAUGUCUUCGACGACGCAGAAGCACCGCAACUUCGUGGCGGAGCCGAUGGGCGACAAGCCGGUCACUGCUCUGGCUGGCAUCGCCGAAGUCAACGGCUAAAAGCUGGUGGCCAACGAUUCGACAAGGCCUACAUCGUGCUGGGCCAGUUCCUCGUGCUGAAGAAGGACAAGGAGCUGUUCGUGGAGUGGCUGCAGGACCUGAUUGGGUGCAACGUCAAACAGGCCACCGACUGCUGGCAGUGUCUGGACGACUGGUGCGCAGAGCUGUUGUAGCAC